AUGGAACAUAACACAACGAACACAACUAGUCUGCUGACGUCACAACGAUUCAAUGUUUUUGAUGCCGUAUUCUUAAACAUUGGCUUCAAAAUCUUAUACGCUGUUACAAUUCUUUGUGGUUUGAUUGCUAACCUGUCUAUAUUACAUAUUAAAAGAACCGCUCGCUUAACAAAGACAAAAUUUACGUUUUUAUUGACGCAUUUGGUGAUGACAGAUUUACUGACUGGUCUAUCGUUAAUACCCUACGUCUUUAUCGAUGUACACACAUUUAACAUUACUCGUGAAUUCGAGGGAAGUAUUUUGUGUUGGGCGACUUUAGGACUGUCGUUAUUUUACACAAGCGCUGCCAACCAGGUUCUUUUUCUCUGUGUGAUGACUAUUUUUCGCUUGUUUUCAAUCAAAUGGCCAACAAUUGCGAAUCGUUAUAUGACGGAAAGUAAGAUCAAGAAAAUAAUUUUCGGAAUUUGGUUUCUUACCUGUCUUACAACGAUUCCGAAUAUGUUAUCUUGGAAAUUCAUUCGUGAACACGGUUACUGCAAACGACACUGGGGCAAACCGAUUUACGGAGUCUUAUAUACAGGAUUAAUUUUCGGUAUUGGUAUAUUUAUUCCUAUCACUGUUUUUAUCGCUAGUAACAAGAUGAUCAGCAAUACACUUCGCACCCAUAAUAAAACAACUUCAAUAAAAGACUCUGCGGUAGAGAGAGCCACGACGCGAAUCACCUACCUACUGAACAUUUUGUUUUUGGUUUACAUUAUAUGUUGGCUACCAUUAUUAUUUUAUUUUUUCUUAGCAACCGUAACAAAGUUAUACCCGAACACAGUGGAAGGUGACCGGUUGCGAAUAAAGACAAUCCGGGUGUGUGUUUUAGUCAACGCUUUGAAUACUGUCCUGGAUCCGGUAUUUUUUUGCUACCAGUUGCCAGAUUAUAAAAAAGCAAUGAAGAAAUUAUUCUACCUGCAAAGCGUGGAGCCAACCCCAACUAUGGAAUUAAAACCCAGAAAAAACCCAAAAACUAUUUUCGUCUCAACACGCCAAAGCACGAUAAAUUAA